AUGGUCGGUCCUGGGCACAGGAACAGUCAUGGAAAGCGGCAGUCUGAUUAUGCUGAAAAUGGAGGUGGCAAGAGAAGAAAUCCUGGUGGUGAUACAUAUGCUCCUGGUCCAGAUGACACUGUCUAUCGCUACCUUUGCACGUCUAGGAAAAUAGGGAGUAUAAUUGGGAGGGGUGGAGAAAUUGCCAAGCAGCUGAGGAGCGAUACUCAAGCUAAGAUUAGGAUUGGUGAGAGUGUCCCUAACUGCGAUGACCGAGUCAUAACAAUAUUUAGCUCAAGCAGGGAGACUAAUAUUAUUGAAGAUACUGAAGAUAAGGUUUGCGCUGCUCAAGAUGCUCUCUUUAGGGUUCAUGAGAAGCUUGCCACAGAUGAUGGUCCUGUGAACGAAGAAAAUGAAAUGGGUUUAGGUCAAGUUACUGUUCGGUUGCUUGUGCCAUCUGAUCAGAUUGGAUGCAUUAUUGGAAAAGGUGGGCAUAUCAUCCAGGGAAUCCGCAGCGACACUGGUUCACAAAUACGUGUUCUUAGUAAUGAACACCUUCCUGCAUGUGCUACUAGUGGUGAUGAACUUCUCCUGAUAAUUGGGGAUCCGAUUGUAGUUAGAAAAGCUCUUCUCCAAGUGUCAUCUCGCCUCCAUGGCAACCCAUCCAGGUCACAGCAUCUCCUUGCGUCCAGCUUAACCCAACCUUUUCCAGCGGGCUCCCGCCUUGGUAGUUCCUCUACUGCACCAGUUGUAGGGAUUACUCCUAUGGUUAGUCCUUAUGGACGAUACAAAGGUGAUAUAGUGGGAGAUUGGCCUUCUAUAUACCAACCACGGAGGGAGGUGAGCUCUGCAAAAGAGUUUACCCUGCGUCUGCUUUGUGCUGCGGCGAAUGUCGGAGGUGUAAUUGGAAAAGGAGGUGGAAUUAUCAAACAGAUUAGGCAAGAAUCUGGAGCUUUUAUCAAAGUGGAUAGUUCGAGUGCUGAAGAUGACUGUAUAAUUACAGUUUCGGCAAAGGAGUUCUUUGAAGAUCCUGUCUCUCCAACAAUUGAUGCUACAGUCCGUUUACAGCCAAGAUGCAGUGAGAAAAUUGAUGCAGAAUCGGGGGAGCCAUCAUAUACUACACGUUUGUUGGUGUCGACAUCACGGAUAGGGUGCCUGAUCGGCAAAGGUGGUUCAAUCAUUACGGAGAUACGAAGAACAUCGAGAGCAAACAUACGGAUCAUUUCGAAGGAGGAUGUUCCAAAAGUAGCAUCGGACGAUGAAGAGAUGGUCCAGAUCGGCGGAGAUCUUGAUGUUGCAAGGCAUGCUCUUGUGCAAAUAACUACAAGGCUGAAAGCCAACUUCUUUGAAAGAGAAGGUGCUUUAUCAGGUUUUCCACCUGUGAUCCCAUAUCACCCUUUGCCUGCUAGUGUGCCCGAUGAGCCAAAGUAUCUAAGCAGAGACAGUAAGUCUGCUGGGCACGAUUAUCCAUAUUCCAUUGGAUAUCGUGCAUCAGACGAUGUGCUUCCUGUUGACCGUUAUGCAAAUUAUGGCAGCUCCCAGGUCUACGGAGGCGGCUAUGGUGCUUACAGUGGUGGUUCUGGCAGCAGCGGUUAUCUGGCUCUACCUAUCUUUCAUCUGGAAAACGCUAUGGCUAUUAAAAUGCAGGUUGUCGAAUCCAACAGCUCUCUUCCGAUGAACCUGUCCGUUUCACAUUUGCACCCCUGCCCAAUCCUUUACUGA